AUGAAGUUUGCUUCGGGUAUGGCCGUGGCUGGGUGCCUUGGCACGAUCAUCGCUGAUGUCAUUGGCGUUGCGAUUCUCCUGUACGAGGAGCGCGGCCACCCCACGCCGCCCACGCCCGAUGUGAGCCGUAUCUACGCACGCAGCGCCCUGCCUCCCUUCACCAACGCAGCAGCCUUCUGGGCCGCAGUGGUCACACUGCCGUCGGUCACGUACAUCAGGUGGGCCGCCAUAUUGAAGCCGGCAGCGCACACCGGGUCGCCCCUGUUGCAGAACUCGAUGGCCUUGGAUCCGUACGUAGGGCUCGCGCUCGCAAUCGUUUGA